GGAUAAUCAUGGGUCCUAUCUUAUCGAAAUCGCCUUUGUUACGGAAUUCAUCAUACUUGGACCAGUUCUUUGUGCUGAGCGCAGCUUUUGUCUUCUUCCAAUGGCACGUCUGCAGUGGUUCCUUGGGAUCCUUCCUACUUAAUGCUGUGCCACCGCAACCUGUCCUUGACUUGAAUUUGACGCGUCGCAAAGUCCUCUAACAAUUGUCCGGCUAUUGUCACCAAAAUACCAAUAUUGAUUGCUUGCAACCCUUUAAAGCAGACGCGCCAUCCAUCGAUGCCUUCAUCACCACUCAACUCUCCCACUAUGUCUGCGUCUUUGACAUCGUCUGCGACAAGCAUUGACACGCCCAUCGACGUGAAUUCCCUACCAGAAGAAGCCAUCGCAUCUGCCACGAAAACCUACACUAAAGAGCGACAGCGUUCUAUUCACGACUGGCAGCAAGGAGUUGACAAUUCUGGUGUAGCUAUUCCCCCCUCGCGCCCUCCGACUUCUGCGCCCACCGAGAGUGAACAACCAACAGUGUACCAGACCGACUCUCAAACACCCCGAUCCUCUGUCGCUAACAAUGUUGUACCCCGCUCUGUUCUCGUCGAAAUCGAUAGCAUAAUCCGUAGCGCCAACUCCCCGACGCUCAAUACUCAAUGGGAGGCGCAUUUCUUUCAAGGUACCACCCUCACAUCAUCCUCUAACCCACGACUCCUACAAGCGCACGCCGCCGCAAUCAUGGCCUCCCAAGGUUUUUACAUCGACUCUGAUGUCCCCCGGCUAGCAGAGAAGUGUGUGUAUCGAGCGGCCUUUGCGAAAUUCGACCACUCGAAGGGUAGAGAAACGCCUGAAUCUAUCGCGCCAUUCGUCCUUGAGAUAUAUCGGAAUAUGGGCGCCAUCUAUGGUCCUAUGGCUGCAGAAGCGUUCCGUAUCGCGAUAACAGAGCGAAGUAUGGCCUCAUUCGAGAGUUGUUGGUUAAGGGAACUCCCAAACACGUUCGGGGCGCGAAAUCCUCAACCAUUGCUAUUCACGAUCGCCGGUAUUUCACUGGCUGCCUUCAUCAGUGAUCUUUUCGUCUGGGGUUUCCUCAAUGGCUCGAAUGUGAUAAGAUGUCUCGGGAUCCUACUAAGCACCAUGGAAUAUAUGGAACAUCUACAAGCCAUUCAUAAAAUCCUUGACCGUACUGGCGGCGGAUAUUGGCGAGACGAAUCGGGGCAAUUGAUGGCUCUCCAACAUGUUGAGGAGUUCUUGUUUAGGUUUCUGAGAAGCGCGCGAUCCAUAAAUCUUGAAAAGAGCCCUACCGGACAGCAGUAUCCUGCAUCCGUGGGAAAGACGUGGAUAAACGAAGUUGAGCAAAUGGUGCGAACACGGUACACCGCCGACCUUGGAUUCUAGUCUAUGACAAUUUUGGAGGUCUAAUUUAGACGGUAAUUUCUUACUCUACGAUUAAUCAAUCAUAU